CCGAUUUCAUUUAUUUGCGAAAGAUCAGAAAAGAUGCAACGUAGUCUACGCAAGUGGUCCACAAAUACUUAGCUGAAGUUGAAUUCAUAUGUUUUUCGAGUUCUUGUCCCUAAUUUAACUCUUUUCUUGUUAAUUAUAAAUCGCUUUCGGGAAGUUGAUAACUUUGUGUAGUGAUGGCAGAUUCACGGAACGAUGACCCACCAAAUUCUAGACUGUUUGUCGUGUGUAGUAAACUUAUGGAAGACGACGAAAUCGAAGACCUUUUCAAACCUUAUGGCGACAUUUUGGAUUUCAGGCGACUUAAAGAUCGCCAAACCGGCUCACCGAAAGGAAUUGCCUAUAUUAAAUUUGCUAAGACUUCACAGGCUGCAACAGCCAUGGAAGAAAUGGAUGGAAAAAUCUGUAAAAAAUAUGAUCGACCCAUGAAAGUCAUGAUCGCGCAAAGUAAGGACUUUGACCCAAAACGUGAUCAAAGCGAAGCUCACAGAUUGUUCAUCAUUGUGCCAAAAUCAGCAACAGAAGAAGAAUUGACAGAACACUUUAAGCAGUUCGGCAGUCUCGAAAGCGUAACUAUAGUGAAGAAUAGGGAAACUCGUGAAAGUAAAGGGCUGGCGUAUGUAAAAUAUCAAAAGGCCUCUCAUUGCGCAAGAGCUUUUGAGGAGUGCGAUCGACAGUACAAAGCUGUUUUUGCUAGGCCGAAAGAAGCGAAAAGUUUUUCAUCUGACCUUAGCGACAGUAGUCAUAACAACAAAUUCCCCAACAGUUUCGGAUCUCAAAGAUUCGAUUCAGGUGGCCCAGGUGAUAUCAUUAACAAGACACCUAAUGCAGAUAACUACACAAGACUUCUAGCAGUAUUCAACACGAACGUAUCGCACUCGAAUCUAUUUAAAUUAUUCGACCUCAUCCCAGGCUUGGAGUCUGUAUUUCCAGCCAAUAACCAUCGAAUGGGUUUCCGAAACGAAUACUCCUUUGUAGUUCAGUAUGCAUGGCCACAAAGUGCUGCCUAUGCUCGCGAGAAGCUUGAUGGAUUCGAAUACCCGCCAGGGUACCCGGUUCUCAUCAAGCCAGAGUAUUACGAAGGUCGAGAUCGAGACAUGAGCUUUGGAAGAAAUCAGAGGAAUAAUUUGCUGCCAGCUGACCCUGGAGUGUCUGCUGAUCAUCUACUCUCUAUUACGAAAGCACUGUCUCAGGCAACAGCAUUAUUAAAAGCAGCUGGACUCUCUACAGACGGAAUUGAGCUGAAUGAUUUGCCCAAUCAAUAUGGUUCUCUAAGGCUGCCUCCUCCUCAACCUCUUGCUCCUGCUGGGACAACUUCAGAAAUCAGAUUAUUUAUUGUAGCUCAACCUGCGUUGCCACCGAUGCAUAUAAUCCGAGAUAUAUUCUGCCGAUUUGGUCAUAUAACUGACAUCCAUGUUCUCCAUGGGAAAAAUUGCGGUUAUGUCUCUUAUGCCAAAAAAGACAGUGGAGCGAAUGCCAUCUUGCACUUGCAUGGUCAAGAAAUCGGGCAGUCAAGGUUGAAAGUGAUGGAGGCUGAACCGCCACGCAAUGACAGUCGCAAACGAACGCGUGUGGAAGCCGAAGAAAGUUGGUGAGAGUAAUUUUCCGAGACUUACGGAAAGCUUUAAAACCUGCAACUCUUUCUCGCUCUUCUCAGCUACUCUAAGACUCCACUACGUAAUACGUUGUAACUCUUGUCGACUGCCACACAUACAGAUAACACGAUACGAAAAGGAACGAAAAUUUUAUCCGCUACAAUUCACUGAAUCGUACAGAAACUGAACUUGCUCCUCUCUCGUUACAUUUAUUCCAAAGCACCAACUGUCAAACAUUUUACAAUGCACCUACACAAUCAAAACUUCUACCGAUCAACGCAAAAGCACCCCACAACAACGACCAACGGCUAUCAAGUGUUUAAAUCUACCCAUUGAACUCUAUCAUUGGGACAGAAAUCCUCUUAUUUUUUUCCUUUUUUUUUAUCGCAUUUUUAAGCUGAAACCUGUCUCACUUUGUAUUAAAUUUACGUAAGCGCUGGUUUACGUAUCGGAACAAAA